AUGUCAAAGAAAUUCGUAAACAAACUUGAAGAAACUGUCGACGAUGCACUGUUCGGUUUAGUCGCCUCUAAUAAGGAUAUUCAAUUUUGCAAGACAUCCAAACGAGUCAUUCAUCGGAGCCAAAUCAACACUGAGAAUGUAUCUUUGAUAGCUGGAGGUGGCUCAGGACACGAACCAUAUGCCGCUGGAUACGUUGGAAAAGGUCUUUUGACGGCUGCCGUAGCUGGCAACAUUUUCGCAUCACCACCAUCGCGAAACGUUCAAACUUCACUGGAGGCUACGAAAGGGAAAGCUGGUGCUAUUCUCUUCGUAAUUAACUACACUGGAGAUCGUCUCAACUUCGGACUCGCAGCAGAACGUUUCAAUGCUUCUGGUGGGAAUGCGAGAGUUGUAACCAUUUCUGAUGAUGUGGCAAUCGAUAAUCCGAAUAACCGAGUUGGCCGAAGAGGACUAGCCGGUGCAGUGCUAACAAUCAAAAUUGCUGGAGCAAUGUCAGAGGAAGGAAGAUCUUUAGAUGAAAUUUAUGAUAUGUCACAAAAUGUCGUGAACUCUUUGGGAACCCUAGGUGUAUCACUCUAUCCGGGAAGUCAACCAGGGAAAGAUCGGGAGACUGAUCUAUCGAAUGAUCAGAUUGAAAUCGGAUUAGGGAUUCAUGGAGAACCAGGAAAAUUGCGAGCAUCGUACGAGUCUGCUCACAAGAUCGUAUCUGAUGUAAUGGCAACUCUAAAGGCUAAGAUGGAAAUGAAAGAGUCGGAUGAGUUCGUGGUGCUAGUUAACAAUUUGGGAAGUGUAUCGCAGUUGGAAAUGGGAAUUGUGAAUGGGGAAGUUUUGCGGUGGUUCGAGAUGGAGAAAAUGAAGGUGACAAGAUUUUAUAGUGGAACCUAUAUGACUUCUUUGGAUGGCCACGGUAUCAGUGUCACUGUGUUGAGAGCCGACGAAUCGAUGAUGAAAUAUCUUGAUGCUCCAGCGAAAGCUCCUGGAUGGGUUCCGUCACUUUCUCAUCGAAACCAAGCAGAGCAAUCUCAUUCCGAUAAAAAUGCACCAAUCGAGGUGAAAUCAACGGGAACAUCGAUCCAUCCUGACCUAGUCCGGGAAUGCCUUAAUGGUGUCGUGAAGGCAAUGAUGGAUUCAGAAGACCAACUAAACACCCUAGACGCUCAAUCUGGAGACGGAGAUUGCGGGAGCACGUUUGCCAGCGCCGCCAGAGCAAUCCAAAAGGCAGAGGCACUCGAUUACGAGCAUCUAGAGACCCUUCUGAAGCAGCUCUCAGUGAUCUUCGAGCAGACUGUCGGCGGAACCAGUGGCGCUCUUUACGCAUUGAUGUUCAGUGCGGCGGCGCCAGAGCUUCAUGAGAAAAUUGAAUCCAAUACUAUUCUAGAGGCUCUAAAGAAGGCGAAUCAUGCGGUACAAAAAUACGGUGGAGCACGCGUUGGAGAUCGAACUAUGGUUGAUGCGUUGGAUGCUAUGGUCGAAGACUUGGGAAAGGGUUUAGCGGAUAAUGCUGGACUAGAUGUUUUCGAAAGGGCAAUUCAGGCAUCCGAAAAUGCCGCAAAGGAAACCGCUCAUCAAAAAGCAUCAGUCGGACGUGCCAGCUACACUUCGUCUGAAUCUCAAACAAAACCAGACGCCGGAGCGACAGCAAUAUCAAUUUGGUUCCGAGCAUUUUGGACGGCAUUUAAAGAAGAAAUGGGGAAAACGAAUAAAUAA